AGGCCAGGCUCUCUGUCCAGCAGCGUAUAAAUCUCAGCUGCCUGGGCCUCGCACAUGUGCCUCGUCUGCGCAUGAUGUCCUCAACUAGCAACAUGAAGUUGGGUGGUCUCUUCCUCCUGGCCAGUCUCCUCACCCUCAACACAAGACUCCAGGCAAUUGGGGUCUGUGUGGAGCAGUGUCAAGACGACCAGGACUGCGCAGCAGGAGAGAAGUGCGUCAGCAAUGGGUGUGGCCACGCGUGCUCACCAGCCCCGGAAGCAACCAUCUGUAGCAGCGAGUGCAGAGAAGACAGGGAUUGUGGGAGAGGAAAACAGUGCAUCCAGGACGGCUGUCAACGAAUCUGCUCCCCGCUGAUGAGUGUAGGUGUCUGUGUGGAGCAGUGCCGAGAAGACCGGGACUGCGCAACAGGAGAGAAGUGCGUCAGCAAUGGGUGUGGCCACGUGUGCUCACCAGCCCCACAAGCAACCAUCUGUAGCAGCGAGUGCAGAGAAGACAGGGAUUGUGGGAGAGGAAAACAGUGCAUCCAGGACGGCUGUCGGCGAAUCUGCUCCCCGCUGAUGAGUGUAGGUGUCUGUGUGGAGCAGUGCCAAGGAGACCGGGACUGCGCGGCAGGAGAGAAGUGCGUCAGCAAUGGGUGUGGCCACGUGUGCUCACCAGCCCCACAAGCAAGCAUCUGUGAGUUCCAGUGCUUCAGAGAUCGGGACUGUGGAGCCGGAAGACAGUGCGUCAGCGAAGGCUGUAACCGGGUCUGCUCCCCCGCACCCGAAGCAUCAAUAGGAAUCUGUGUGCAACGCUGCCGAGGACACUGGGACUGUGGGGCUGGAGAACGAUGUAUCAGGAAGGGAUGCAGUCGCAUCUGCUCUCCAGUCCGCACAGCAGGGGUAGGUAUCUGCUUGGACCAAUGCCAAGGACACCGGGACUGCCCGGCAGGAAGCCGGUGUGUCAGCAAUGGAUGUGGCCGUGUCUGCUCACCCACCCAGGACCGGCGAGCAGAACAGAGACCUGGAACAUGUCCAAGGGUGCCAGAAGGAAUGUUUGGAACUUGUGCUGAAAGGUGCACAGGAGAUGGAUCCUGUCCCCCAGGCCAAAAAUGCUGCAGCAAUGGGUGUGGAAAAUCUUGCCAAGUCCCUGAUCUGGGCUUCACUAUCCGUUUGGAUGAUAAAUGAACCUUGGCCUCCUUCAGUAAUUGUUUCCAAAUGUAUCUUUAUUCUGAGAUCUGUGCUUUCUUACUGUCUUUUCCGGAACCCCAGGAUCACAGGAUGUGGAUCCAAAAUAACUCAGUUUUAAGUGUUGGAUUCUGGCAAUUGUUUGAUGAUUCAUGGCGUGACUGCUUUUAGAAUUAUCUUUUUUUCUGAAUAAAAUGAUUUCUGUGGCAUUAUCA